UUCUCUGAUUUUCAAUUAUUGUCAGGAAAACCAAUUACCAUUUAGAUAAUAAAAGCGUGGUGGUCAAGUAAGACAAUAGGCAUAUAUCAAGUGAGACAAUUUAAUUCGAUAUCUAGAACGAUUCUAGACACAAACACAGAAGCAUUUUGAAAUAUUCAAAGAUGAGUUCUACCAAAAUUUUACUUGUGUCUAUUACUCUUCUCGGCUGCUUCUAUUUUGCACAUGCACAACAGCCACAGAUAUCUGGUGCUGAAGUAAAUGAUCUGAAGGCAGCUUGGCAGAUAUACAAUAAAAAUCCAAUUAAAUAUGCAACUGAACUUGUGAACACAGUGGUCGAUCACGUAGUUAUACCAGUAGUUAAAGCAAAUCUGAAACUACUUGACGUUGUCUUAAAUCAAGAAGCACAGGCCAAAAUUCUCGCAGCUUUACCCCAUCUUAAAGAAAUUGUCAAUGUAGAACUAUUUAAAUUCCUAGUUGUUGAUGGAGCAAGCGUUAUUAAUAUGAGUCUUGAUGCAAUACUCAACAUUGUCGUUCCACUUUUAAAUGACUUGGAAGGAUCAUUGAAAAGAUAUGCAGGCGUUAUUUUAGACAUUAUAAUACAAAUUGGUGAUGAUGUAUUAGGAAGACUAGUAAAAUUAGCAGAACAGCAUAUGAGAGGUGAUUUAACUGACGCUCAAGUAAAAGCCGUAGUAAAAGAUAUUAAAAUAAUAGAUUUUAUAGACAAACCAAUGCUUGUCAGAGUGUUACGUUCCAUUCGUUAAGCCUAAAUAUUUUACUUUAUUAUAAAAAUUAAUAUUUUUAUUAAUAUUGAUGUUAUAUGGGGUUUUACUACGAAAUAUAUUUUAAAAUAAGUGAGAAA